ACCUACCGCCGGUGGAGGAGCGGGCCAGAGAUCGGCCUCGCUGUCUUGAGUCUUGUCCGUGCUCCGCAAUCCCUCCGCGCACCACCAUCGGCGAAUAGGAGUUUGCUGCUCGAAACUACACGCCAUGACGUCUUUACCCUCUUUCCACCCUCGGACGGUGUCACAGUAUCAGACGGGUUUGAUGGUGGGCUCAAUCCGACUGCACGCUCCUGCCGCACGGAGUGCUACGAUGGCCAGAAGUUUGAACUGAAGCAACUCCUCAUCUUGCCGUCAGUGGACUUUCAACAGACUGCCUUGAGCCGCACCUGCCCCUCGUCGAAGCAUCGUGAACCUUAG